UUUUUUUUUUCUUGUUUUUACAACACUAUUUACAUACGUUUUAAACACUUCUUCUUGUUGUUGUCAGAGAAGAAGAUAUAGAUACUUAUAUACAUAACUAAUUGAAAAUAAGGAAUAUCAUGACUAAAUAUAUUGUUGUAUCAGGUGGUGUUAUUUCUGGUAUUGGUAAAGGUGUUAUCGCUUCCAGUACUGGUACUCUUUUGAAGAGUUUAGGUCUUCGUGUGACAGCUAUUAAGAUCGACCCUUAUCUUAACAUUGAUGCUGGUUUAAUGAGCCCUUUAGAUCAUGGUGAGGUUUUUGUAUUGAAUGACGGUGGUGAAGUAGAUUUGGAUUUGGGUAACUAUGAGCGUUUCUUAGACGUCGAAUUAAGCCGUAUCAACAACAUUACAACUGGUAAAAUUUACAGCGAAGUUAUUGAAAAGGAACGCAAGGGUGAUUAUCUCGGUAAAACCGUUCAAGUCGUCCCCCACAUUACAGAUGCUAUUCAAAGCUGGGUUGAGCGUGUUGCCAGUUUACCUAUUGAUGGCUCUGGUGAGAAACCCGAUGUUUGUAUCAUUGAAUUAGGUGGUACUGUGGGUGAUAUCGAAUCUGCUCCUUUUGUCGAAGCCAUGCGUCAAUUCCAAUUCCGUGUGGGUCAUGAAAACUUUUGCUUAAUUCAUGUCUCUCUUGUGCCUGUUGUGGGUUCUGUUGGUGAACAAAAGACGAAGCCUACACAAAUGAGUGUUCGUGAUCUUCGUGGUGCUGGUUUAACCCCCGAUUUAAUCGCUUGUCGUUCCUCUAAAAUUUUGGAUCCUAGUGUGGCUAGUAAGAUCUCUAUGUUCUGUCAUGUUGCUCCUGAGCAAGUCUUAGCCGUACAUGAUGUUUCUUCUGUUUAUCAUGUUCCUAUCUUGAUGCGUGAAAAUGGUGUUAUCGAUUUCUUCCGUCGUCGUCUUAACUUGGAUGCUCUUAAGAUUAGUGAUGAAAGACGUUUAGCCGGUGAAGAAUUAUGGAACAAAUGGACUACCUUGGCUGGUAGCUAUGAACAUUUGCAUGAAACUGUCACUAUUGCUCUUGUUGGUAAAUACACUAAUCUUCAUGAUUCUUAUAUCUCUGUUUACAAGGCUCUUGAACAUGCUGCUUUGGCCUGUCAACGUAAGUUGGAAAUUAAAUGGAUUGAAGCUACUGAUUUAGAAUCUGCUGCUCUCAAGACUGACCCUAUCAAAUUCCAUGAAUCAUGGCAAAACUUAUGCUCUGCUGACGGUAUUCUUGUUCCCGGCGGUUUUGGUGGUCGUGGUAUUGAAGGUAUGAUCAUGGCUGCUAAAUGGGCUCGUGAAAACAAGAUUCCUUACUUGGGUAUUUGUCUCGGUAUGCAAAUCUCUGUCAUUGAAUUUGCUCGUAAUGUCUGUGGUAUGACUGAUGCUGACUCUGCUGAAAUGAAUCCUGAUACACCUACUCCUGUUGUUGUUUAUAUGCCUGAAAUUUCCAAGACUCAUAUGGGUGGUACCAUGCGUCUUGGUUUACGUGCUACUGUCUUCCAAGAAGGUACCGAGAACUCUCGUGUUCGUAAAUUGUAUGGUAACAAGACUUCAAUUGACGAACGUCAUCGUCAUCGUUAUGAAGUAAAUCCCGAGUUAGUAGAUCAAAUCGAAGCUAAGGGUCUUAAGUUUGUUGGUAAAGAUGAAACUGGUCAACGUAUGGAAAUUGUUGAAUUGGAUGAUCAUCCUUACUUUGUUGGUUGUCAAUAUCAUCCUGAAUAUUUAACUCGUCCUUUGAACCCAUCUCCUCUCUUCAAGGGUCUCAUUUUGGCUGCUGUUGGUGAACUUGAUGCUUCUUUGUAAAUAAAUAUAACAUUUUAGAGUUUUUUAUUAUUAUAACCCCUCCUCCUUCUCCUCCCCCUUCUCCUCCUUCUCCUCUCCCUUUACACACAUAAUAUGUAUAUGCGUUGCACAUAAAAACCAGAAAAAAAAAAGAAAAGAAAAAAGAAAAGAAAAGAAAAGGAAAAAAAACUUAUUUUAAUAUUAUUUUAGACUUUCUUUUUUGUAUAUUUUUUUUAAAAAAAAAUAAA